UGUCUCAUUUUUAUUUCGUUAAAAUUUGUCUGGCAGUCGUUGCGUUAUUUGAUUUGUUAUAAAAUUUGUGUUUCAUUUCUAUAAAUUUAUUCCAUUUCUCGGUCAAAGUCUGCCGAAGCUACCGUUUUACGCGCAACAAUUGCAUUCAAGUGGCAUCACUGGCAAAACGUCGCCGAGCUGCAAAAGGGUGAAAGAGCAAUUUGAACGGCUGCAUAGCCGAAAACCAUUACAAGCAAUAGUUUUUUCUAUGAAAAUUAUUUUCUACUCCUAUCCUAACGAAGAAUUUCUUAAGAAAAUUGAGUUUUCCGCCUCUACUUUCCACUUUCCUUUUGCGGAUUUUCUUGAAAACCCAUUUGUUGGUAUAUUUCUGGAAGCUUGAUGGUAUGUUUUGAUGGCCUACGCUUGGCCACACUGAAAACGAAGAGAACGCAGCGCAGCCGAAAAAAAAUUAAAGCAGCACGCGAUAUAUUUUUUAUUUUCAAAGGUUAUAGCCACACUUAAAGGCAUCCGCCGACCGCAGACGAGGGACAAAAGUGCCGGCAAGCCGCAACAUCUAGCAGAAAAGCAACACCAGCAGCAGCAAAAGAGGAAGAAGCAGCGGCAAGCAAAAGACUGAUUACAACGUAGCAGCAAGGAAUUUACAGCAGGAACCUCAGGAUUCUGCCACUGCACUGAAUUGAACCGAGCGAGGGAAUACAACAGCAAAGAAGGCAAACUGCAUUCGACGGGGAAAAGUUGGGAGCUGAAGGGUUCGGAGGGACGGACGGCGAAGAACCACCAAAACAAAGCGGAUAGAGCAGGGACAACAGUAGCAACAACAAUAACAACAACAACAACGUCGAACAACAUGGAAGAUCUUCUCGUGGAAGUUCGGCUCGAGAAUGGCGCCUACUACAAGGGCCAGGUGACAGCUGUCGGCGAUGAUGGCAUCUUUGUGGAUGUGGACGGCGUGCCCGAGGUGAUGAAAUAUCCAUUUGGUAACGUCCGCCUGCCACCCGAGGAAGCCGUUGAGGUGACCGCACCGAUCUUCGAGGAGGGCAUGGAGGUGGAGGUGUUUACGCGCACAAAUGAGCGCGAAACGUGCGGCUGGUGGGUGGCCAUCAUCAAAAUGCUCAAAGCGGACAUUUGUGCGGUGGCCUACAUUGGUUUCGAGACGCCCUACACCGAAAUCUGCGAACUGGGCCGACUGCGCGCCAAGAACUCUAAUCCGCCAAUUACAGCCAAGUCCUUCUAUCAGUUCACGCUGCCCGUUCCCGAGGAGUUGCGCGAAGAAGCCCAGAAGGAUGGCAUACACAAGGAGUUUCAGCGCAGAAUCGAUGCCGGCGUCUGCAAUUACAGUCGCGACCUGGACGCCCUGAUCGUCAUCUCCAAGUGGGAGCACACUCAGAAGCGUGCCAGCAUGCUCAAGGAUAUGCAUUUUCGUAAUCUCUCACAGAAGGUUAUGCUGUUGAAAAGGACUGAAGAAGCUGCUCGUCAGCUGGAAACGACUAAACUGAUGAGCCGUGGAAACUACGUUGAGGAGUUCCGUGUGCGCGAGGAUCUCAUGGGCCUGGCCAUUGGGUCGCAUGGCUCGAAUAUACAGGCAGCACGCACGCUGGUCGGCGUCACCAACAUCGAGCUGGAGGAGAAGUCCUGCACAUUUAAGAUCAGCGGCGAGACCGAGGAGUCUGUGCAGCGUGCCCGUGCCAUGCUCGAAUACGCAGAGGAGUUCUUCCAGGUACCCAGGGAGCUGGUGGGCAAGGUGAUUGGCAAGAAUGGACGGAUCAUCCAAGAGAUUGUGGACAAGAGCGGAGUGUUUCGAAUCAAGGUGAGUGCUAUCGCUGGCGACGACGAGCAGGAUCAGAAUAUACCACGCGAGCUGGCGCAUGUACCCUUUGUGUUCAUUGGCACCGUGGAGAGCAUUGCGAAUGCCAAAGUGCUGUUGGAGUAUCAUCUGUCGCACCUCAAGGAAGUGGAACAGCUGCGCCAGGAGAAACUGGAGAUCGACCAGCAGCUGCGCGCCAUCCAGGAAUCCUCGAUGGGGUCCACACAGACCUUCCCCGUGACGCGGCGCUCUGAACGCGGCUACAGCAGCGACAUUGAGUCCGUGCGCUCCAUGCGCGGCGGCGGCGGUGGGCAGCGUGGCCGUGGGCGUGGACGCGGUGGCGGCGGUCCUGGUGGCGGUAACGGUCUCAACCAGCGCUAUCACAACAAUCGUCGCGACGAGGAUGACUACAACUCCCGGGGCGAUCAUCAGCGCGACCAGCAACAGCGUGGCUACAAUGAUCGCGGCAGCGGUGGCGGCGACCACAACACUGGAAACUACCGCGGCGGCGGCGGCGGUGGUGUGGGUGGCGGUGCUGGCGGACCCGGCAACAACAGGCGCGGCGGAGUGAACCGCCGGCCGCCACGCAACGAACAGCAGAAUGGCGGCAGGGAUUACCAGCACCACAACCACACCGAGGAGGCGCGAGAGACGCGCGAAGUGAGCAGUGUGGAGCGAGCGGACAGCAACUCAUCGUACGAGGGCAGCUCGCGGAGGCGCAGAAGGCAGAAGAACAACAAUGGGCCCAGUAACACAAAUGGAGCGGUGGCAAACAACAACAACAACAAACCCCAGUCGCAGCAGCAACCACAACAACAACAGCAGCAGCAGCCGCCGGCGCCUGCUAACAAAGGGGCGCUAAAUGCCGGAGAUGGCAGCAAACAGAACAGCGGCAAUGCGAACGCCGCUGGUGGUGCGAGCAAGUCGAAGGAUCUAUCGCGCAACGGGGAUAAGCAGCAGGCGGGAGCGGGCGCGGGAACGGGCGUCCAGCAACAGCAGGCGGCACAGCAGCAGCAGCAGCAACCACCGCAGGCACAGGCCCAGCAGCAGCAGCAGCAGGCGCCACAGCAGCAGCCGAAACCGCGACGCAACAAUAAGAAUCGCACCAAUAACCACACGGACCAGCAGCCUGGCCAGCAGCAGCUGACGGAGAACGUGAAGAAAGAGGGCCUGGUCAAUGGCACGUCCUAAGCAACUAACAUGAAUGGAACGGGAGAAGGAGAACAACGGAGAAACCAAUGUUGUACGUGAAGCGGAUGCACAGGUCAAUAAAUAUUCAUGUUAACGACAUGUUGAAUAUCGCCGCCACAUUACAUAACAACAAAACCACACCCAACAACAAGAACAAGAGAAACAGCAUCCAAACAGUCAGUAACAUCAGCAGCCACUAACAAAUUGUUUGAGAAACUAUUUAAGAGUAACUAAGGAGAAGAGAAGUGAAAAAUUAUUAUACAUGAAAUAUGUAACAUUUGUAAAAGCAUAUACUAACACACACACACACCCACACACAUACACACACGCCGUUCGAAUUAUACACAAAACAAAAAAAAAGCAAAGAAAUAAAAGAGAAAAAUCAUGCCUAGGCUUAUAUAAUUUCAAUUGAAGCGAAUCGAAAGCUUCAAUAACAAUCAAAACUGAAUUAUAUAUUUAUGUAUAAAACAAAUUCAAAUUAAAAAAUAACAAGCAAACGAACGAAUCGAAGGAAACAAAUACUGAAUAUGUAAACUAAAGCGUUAACUCUAAUCCGGGCAACUAGCGUAGUUUUUCAAAAGGAAAAUCUAAAAGAGAAAACAAAAACAAAAAAAGAGAAGAACCUGGCGGCGAAAUGGCGCUUUUAAAGCGCCCUUCACCGCCGACAAUUGAAAUGUUUCUAGUUAUAUGCAUAUUAUAAUAAAAGAAAACAAUAUGAUUGCAUUUUUUGUUGUUUUGGUUAAAUUAAUAAUUAAUUUUAAUUAAGUCUGUUCCGCCAAGUUUUUGUGUAUAAUUCGUGCAUGCAACAACAACAACUUAAUCGCAUUUAGCAGGUUUUUUCAUACAUUUUAACAUUAUAUUUGUAUUAUUAUUGUUUAGUUUACCAUUAUUGUAAAUUGAAACAAAUUUAAAAAACGCGCAACCAGAGACUUUGGCAGCGUUUAAAAUUGUUUAUAUUGUUCGUUACAACAUGGAAAUCCUCUCUCUUA